GGGUGGUUAGGGGAGAGGAUCCGGGUUCUGAAGUAUAAAACCACCCACAGGAUAGACGAAGACGAAGACGAAGACGAGAAGAAGAAUCAUGGCGGAUCAAUCUACGCCUGUAAGCACCGUUGAUCCCUACGAGUAUCUCAGUCUCGUCCGAAACCCAGACGGGACAAUCACCCGAAACUCCCCGGCCCCCGAAGUACCACCAAAUAGCGACGGCGUCGAUGCCGACGUGUUCACGAAAGACGUUCCUCUAAAUGAAGCCAACGCCACCUCCGUCAGAAUCUACCGCCCCAGAAGCGCCACUAAGGGUUCCAAAUUGCCUGUCAUAAUCUUCUACCACGGAGGUGGUUUCAUCCUCUUCAGAGCCGCUUCUCUACCUUUCAAUGACUUAUGCGUCCGCAUGGCCCGUGAACUCCCGGCCAUCAUCGUCUCCGUCGAUUACCGUCUCGCUCCCGAACACCGCCUCCCCGCGGCAUACGAAGACGGCGUCGAAGCCGUCCAAUGGAUAAAAAAUCAAGCCUCAGAUGAAUCCAACGGCGAGCCUUGGCUGAGAGACUACGUCGAUUUCUCCAAGUGUUUCAUCAUGGGCAGCAGCGCCGGUGGAAAUAUGGUCUAUUAUGUUGCCCUCCGGUUAUCGAGUUUGGGAUUAGAACAACUUCAACCUGUGAAGAUUAGUGGGUUGAUUCUAAACCAACCCUACUUCGGAGCAGUCCAGAGGACAGCAUCGGAGUUGAGACUUUUAAAAGACAAUAUCGAGCCGUUGCCGUUGACGGACCUGAUGUGGGAAUUGUCUUUGCCGAUCGGCACCGAUCGUGAUCACGAGUACUGUAACCCUUCACUGAAGGGGUUAUCGGAAUCGGAGAUCGAAGCUUUGAACAGCCAAGGAUGCUUGGUUUGCAUCGGGGGAGAGGAUACGUUAUUGGAUUGGCAGAAGGAGUUUUUAAAGAUGUUGGAGAAGAGUGGAGUGAAGUUCGUGGAGUUCUAUGAUGAAAAGGCUUACCAUGCUAUUGAACUGUCUGAGCCUGAAAAGGGUCAGGGUCUGUUCAAGGCCAUUAGAGAAUUCAUAUACUGAAAUUUCCAUCGAUCUACUAUUACUCCUCGGAAUGGUAAUUGAUAUUGUCCAUCAGUUGAGAGGGGAUCAAGUCUUGAUCCACACUCCCAUCAGUUUCAGUUGUGUUUUUUAAGGAGCUGUUAUUUGUUUUUGUUGUUUCUACACAGCACAAAGUCUCAUUAUUAUGCACGAGUGUUGAAAAAGCGAGUUAGUGAUAGUUA